GCAUCAAUUGCACAACAAGACCAAAAAAAAGGAGGAUGGAAACCCAGCUGACACACAUUUGAGGAAUCACUCUCCAGAAGGAUCAUUCAUCAGAGAUUGGUGCAGUGAGGCGAGGCAUCGUGAAGACAUGAAGACUGUGAUUGUUGCUGUUUUGGUUUUGCUGGUCGUCAGCCAGAGUGAAGCCCUGAAGUGUUACUGUGGAGGUCUGUGGUACUGCCUAAGCUCUGUGGAGUUCUGCCAUGGCUUUAACAAUGUCUGCAGCACUGUCUUCCUUAAUGCAGAAUCUACUCCCAGAUAUUCCAAAGGUUGCAUGAAGUCAAAUGUCUGCAGGACAGUGAUUCGGCCUGGUGUACUAUCUAUCCAUUGCUGCUCAACUGAUCUGUGCAACAGAUACUAAUGCCUGU